AUGGUGAGUUUUGUUAGACUACAAGCAGGUAUUAAGGCAUCUAAAAAGGGCAAGGUUAAACUUACCAAGGCUGACAAGGCAAGGUUACAAAAAGAGGAAGAGGACAGGAGGUUAAAAGAAGAAGAGGAAGCCAGAUUACAAGCAGAAAGAGAUGAACAGGAAAGACUGGAAAGAGAAAAAAAGGAUAAAGUUCUGCCAGAACUUGAGUUGAAGGAUUUUGCGAGAAGAGAAAAUGAGCUGGAUGAACUGCGUCACCUGCUGGAAGACAACCACAAUUCAGUGGUUACUUGGAAAAAUGAGGAGGCAGAAAAAGCCAAGUGGGAGAGCUACAUGUGUUGUGAUGGUACUCCGGACCCCUCUGUUCAACAGGAAAUCAACACAUAUAUGAGUCUAUGGAAAGAGGACCCUGAAGUCAAUGUGACAAAAGUACUGAAGCAGUGUAUUGGGGCUUUACGGCUGAUAGAGAAACUUGAAGAUCUACUAAAAGAAACCUCCAAUUUGUUGGACAUUCAGAAGUACCAGGAAGCCAUUGCAAAUUUACAAGAGCUUAUUCACCUUAAACAUAAUCUUGCCACUGAAGAGAUUCUUAAGGAAGCCACUGCAAAUAUUGAUACUCAGACCGGCAACAUGCAGACUGUAGUCAAAGAUGAGCAUGUAACUCUCUGUCUCUGGGCCAACCUAAAAAAGAAUCCAAGGUUUAAAGGCCUGAACUUUGAGGAGGUCGGUCUUGGUUUUGAGAUUCCCAAACAGCUUGCAGUCAGUAACAUUGCAGUAAGGAUUCUCCAUACGCGAUACGACCACCUCUCCCUUCUGGCUCGCAUGACUCACACUAGAAUGCACACACCAAGCUCCAGGUCUCUUGCAGGUGGUGAAAAUUUUUUAACAGAGCAAGGGGAGAUUAAUGCAACAAGGGAGGAGGUGAAGACGCACGACUCUGAACAACAAAUAUCUGUGGAAGAGGAGGAUCAAUCUGGCUCUAAAUCUGCUGAUGGAAAGAGUGUCAGUCAAACUAGUCUCCACUCUGCAAGAAUCAGUGUCCACUCAGCAGAGAGCGGACAGAGCCAAAUAAAAACAAAGAUUGAGGGUUUGAAUGGUUCUGUGGACGGGGACUUGUCCUCAUCUCUCUCACACCUCAAUACAUCCGAGACGUGUUUCAGAGUUCAAGUUGUGGACAUGAUGCAGUAUUCUCCCCUGGGCGGAGUCUUCUACUAUAAUGUGUUUCACUUGCCCCCUCAGGCACACCACGUCAAUGGCUGGACCAUCAGACAAAUAUUGGACACAGGUUUAGAAGUGUUCCCCUAUCCACAAAAGGGGCUCCAGAUGAAUGAAUCACUCAUCAGCAAAUUAGAUGAUGUUGAAAGCAUUGGCAGCCCUCCUGUUGGUGUGUCUGUUACCAUACCUGACAAUGUUAUGUUCUUGGAAAAUCCCCAAGUAGCUCGAUGGGAUGCUACAGGAAAGCAGUGGAGAAUGGAUGGUGUCACUGAGGUCAUGUACAGUGAAGAAGAAUCCAAAAUCUCCUUCAAAAUGGACUCUUUCCAGCCGUUUGUUUUGAUACAGGACACAUAUGCCAACUUCCCCUUCCAGAGCUGGGAACUGAAGCCCCUGGGACAAGACUCAGCACUUUACACAAUUAAAGGAGCCCUCAUUAACGUCAGCAUCACUGUUCAGGGUCAUCAGUGCAUGCUGCAGACACAAGAGCAGAAAUGUCUGUCUCAUUUCACGGGGAAGUGGAUGAACAGCACAGCUCUGCAAAGAGCCAUGCAGGAUAGUGGGAUUAAUAUCUUUGUAAAUGAGUUUACAGAGAAAUAUGUGACAACAUAUGGCAAGGAUCCACUGACUGAACAUUCAGCUUAUGAGCAGAUGGCCCUCUUCUCCUCAGCUUGUGCCUUCACCUGGAGCAGGUGGAAUGCCCAGUGUGGCCCUGAGCACCUUGUCAUGCAGGUCUGUGAGCACUUUGCCACUGGACCGGUGCCUAAAGACCGCUGGUGCUUGUACCUGUUGGGGGCGCAGAGGAGUCAGAUGCUGGGUAUCUCUGAGAGCAGUGAAGCCUUCAGUCCAGACCACUGUCUCGGGACAGAGUUCCACUCCACUUUCAUCCACAUGCUGCAGGACCACAUGAGCGCAGAGGGCAUCGCUCGAACCAGAACCUCAGACAAUCUGUUUGUGGACACUGUCCAGAGCUUACUGUGUGCUACCAGACCUUUGCUCUAUGCAUGA